AUGGUGUCGCCCGCUGUGCUGGUGGCAUUGCUAGUGGCGUGCCUCGCAGAUUUUCCGGCUGGUUUUGCAGCAGCCAAUCAAGCCGCUGGCAAUUUGGCACGUUUGCGGGACAGCAGCAGGCCAGCACUGGGGGGGGAUGCAUUGCGUAGGGCGCAGCAGGAAUCAAACACAGGUGACGUGGCAGUAGCAAAUUUCGUAGGCAGGCAGCUCAAAAACAAUGGCACCAAGGAACCAAGAGCUACUCUGGCGGAAGGGGUGGCUGCUGAGUGUGGGCGGUUCCCCUACAUGGUAUCGCUUCGCGACCACCAUGACGAACACAAGUGCGGUGGGGUGCUGGUGGACCCGCACUGGGUUGUAACUGCAGCCCACUGUGUGGAUCCAACAAACUCGAGGUCGGCUGGGGCCACGCCAAUUGCCGUCAUAGGGGCCUGCAGCCUGGACGACGAGAUCAACAAGAAUGGGGAAGUCGAGACAUUUUUGGCACAGGACAUAUUCCUGCACGAAAAGUGGACAGGCAAUGUAGCAGACGAGCACGAUGUCGCCCUUGUGGAGUUGAAUGGCGAGUCGAGCCACAAGCCCGUGGGACUGCCCACCCGGCGUGACUCGCUGCAUGAGAACCAGAGGUUUGCGGCCCUUGGUUGGGGGGUGAGGGGCGACGGGGCGGCUGUGACGGAUCUGCAGCAGGCGGGUGUGGUGAGCGUUGUGGAGAAUGAGGAGUGCGAGAGCGAGAGGCUAUGGGGUCGCAGCAUCAGCAACAAAGUGCUAUGUGCAUUUGGAUUCAAGGGCGAUGAAAUUUGCGAAGGUGACAGUGGGGGCCCUCUUGUGCGGCUGUUUGCUCCCGGCGGCAAUGUCACGGCGGGCAGGCCAUCCCUGGAUGUGGUUGUGGGAAUUGCGUCCUAUCGAGAAGAGACAGCACGCUGUGGGGAGUCCAAGCUGCCGGGCGUCUUCACAAGGCUGGCAAGCUUUCGGAAAUGGAUCGAUGGUAUCAUGGAGGGCACCGGGCUACCAGACAAUACUCCAGAUUCGCCGACUGAUGACGACACGAUCUCGAUGGCAUCGGCCCAGCCUCCUGCACCGUCCAACGAUCCAUUCCUAUCGCCGCAAGUGGCACCAUCGACGCCACAGGGAAAGGAGUCGCCAAAGAAGAAGAGCCAAAGGAAGCUUGACCAGGCGCUCUUCCGGGCGGCCACCCAGGGCGACCUGGGCGGCGCGCUGCGCGCCUGGCGCAAGGGCGCCAGCAUCGACGCCACGCACGGCGUCUUCGGCGAGACGCCCCUGCACGUGGCCGCGCACAAUGGCCACGCCGACGUCGUGGAGUUCCUCCUCCAGACCGGGGCGGCCGUGGACGACCUCAAGUCCAGCGGCACCACCCCGCUGUUCGUGGCCGCGCAGAACGGCCACAUUGAAGUCGUGCGCCUUCUACUGGCCUCCGGGGCCGAGGUCGACAGGCCCAGGCCAUCGGACGGCGUAACCCCCCUGUUCAUUUCCGCGCAGAACGGUCACGCUGAUGUGGUAGCGGCACUUCUCGACGCCGAUGCCGAUCCCAACAAGCUGGAUAACAUAGGGGAGGCGCCGCUGCACAUAGCGCCCGCGGCGGUCAUGGGCAGCGUGGAGGUCACGGAGUUGCUGAUCGAGGCUGGGGGAGAGGUGGACGCCAGGGGGGUGGCGGGGCUGACGCCUUUGCUGUGGGCGGCUUACUACGGCAAUCUGGAAGUUGCCAGGACGCUCGUGGGCGCGGGGGCGGACAAGGACGCCUUGGGCGACGGCGGUGAAGGAGCGGUCGAUCUGAUCUGCGUGUGCUUGGACAAUCGGGACGAUCCCAACCUGAUACAGUGCCCGGAGGGCGGCUGCGAGGUCCCGGAGAAUGUGGAGGGCCUUGAGGCCCUGCUGAGGUGA